AUUCAACAGCGCUUUCUUAGAGUUGUGCGCUACAUCUAGCUGCGGUACUUUAAUUCCAAUGAUUAUUCGUGUUCAAUCACCAAAUGGGACAAAGAAAAUAGAAUUAGCCGAAUCUGAAAGUUAUGAUAAGUUUCUAGGCUUGGUUUGCGAGCGGUUUGGGAUAAAAAGAAACGAUGGUUGGUGCCUCUCGCGUACUCAUAGUCACACUGAACGAUUGAAUUUUAAGUCGAAUGCACGUAUUUCAAAACUUGGUUUAAAGCAUGGCGACCUUCUCUUCCUGUUGGAUUUGGUCGACGGAGAGAAACAGAAAGUUUCUAAUGACUUGGAUUAUGUUGGUGACAAUACAACUGUAUUAGCUCAAACAAAUGACCUUGAUUCACAAAACAGUCGUAAAUGGUCUUCUUCGGGGAUAGUAGAGGAUAAAGUUGAUCAAGAAAUGGCAAAAAUGGAUGGUCGUAUACACCGGAAAAGAAAUGAACAAUUGUGUCAUCAUUCUGUAUCUGGACAAUGCAUUCAUUGUGUUCCCCUUGAGCCUUUUGAUUCGGAGUAUUUAGAGCAUUUAGAUCCACCUGUGAAAUUUAUGUCAUUCCAUGCAUAUCUACGUAAAUUAACUGGUGGUCAAAGCAAGGGUAAAUUUGCAUUCUUGGAAAAUUUAAGCUGCCGUAUCCGUCCAGGAUGUCGUGAUCAUCCUGCCUGGCCUGAUGGUAUUUGUACAAAAUGUCAACCGAAUCCAGUAACCUUAGAAAUUCAAGCAUAUCGUCAUGUGGAUUUUGUACAAUUUGAAAAUCCUCAAUUAAUGGAUACAUUUUUAGACUAUUGGCGACAAACAAAUUGUCAACGUAUCGGUAUUCUACUUGGACGUUAUGCUCACUUUGAUGCACCUGGUUCCCCACCAUUAGCAAUAAAAGCUGUUGUCGCUGCAAUUUAUGAACCAGCUCAAGAAUCCACAUCUAGAUCAGUGAAACUGACUGGUCCACUUGACAGUGUCUUUCCAAAACAUGUUGCAGAAGUUGCUAAACGAAUCGGUUUACAACCUGUUGGAUGGAUUUUUACAGAUUUAGUUGCUCAAGAUCCUGGUGGCAAUGGUGUAGUGAAGCAUUUUCGUGGGUCUAUUGACACUUUCUUUUUAAGCGCUGAAGAGUGUAUUACAGCUGCACACUUUCAAAAUCUGUAUCCAAAUAUCUGUCGUCUUAGUCCAGAUGGGUGUUUCGGAUCGAAAUUUGUCACUGUUGUCGUCACCGGUGAUGCAUCAAAUCAUAUCCAUUUUGAAGCUUAUCAAGUGAGUAAUCAAGCUAUGGCAUUGGAGAAGGAUAAUAUUUUAGUUCCAACGUAUGAUGCACCUGAAUUGGGUUAUAUUCGUGAGACUACAAGAGAACAAUUUGUACCAGAAGUAUUUUAUGCGACAAAGGAUAAAUAUGGCAAUCGUGUAACACGUGUAGCUCGUCCUUUACCAGUGGAAUUUUUACUCAUCAAUAUGCCAACUGCUUUCCCAAUUGAACCAGCGUAUACAAUGGCUAAAAUACCGAAUGACUUUCCUGCUAAUUGUCGUUUUCCUAUUGAAAAUCGUGAAUGUCUUGGUCAAAUUCAAGAUAUACCCAGUUUUGCUCGUGUACUGCAUAAAUUCGGACCAAGUCAAAUACACACAUGCCUAACCAAUUUUCAUAUUCUUGUAUGGUUAGCUGGUAAUGAUACACUCGGUCUACAGCUGUUCAAUUCAAGCGAAGAUGGUAAAGUGAAUGAAGAUAUUCAUGGGAUAACUGGCCUUUUGAAUGCCAUAGCUAUAGGCUGUUCAGGAAAAUCGUCUACAAGUGUUAGUGAAUCUGAAAUAGCUAUCAAAAAAUGGGCAAAUAAUUCACCUAUAUGGGCUACUGUUCAAGAAUUGGCUAAUGCUGUGGUCUCUGAAAUGCCACCUAGUCCUCCACUGCCAACAUCUCAGUCGGGUUCUUAUCAUUCUGCACUUAGUAAUUCUGCAGUUUCUGUUGGCGUAGGCAUAACCUCUGCAACACUCAAUCCAGCAGAUUGGUCAUCACAAGCAAUUGGAUCGGUUACCACAGAGUCAAGAACAUCCACACGAGACGCUGCUAACCAUCAACAACACUGGGCAUGUUCACAUUGUACUUUUCACAAUCAUCCAGCUACUGAUGAAUGUGAAAUGUGUCGUCUUCCUCGAAGUGGAUGAACCAUAUUGAUUGGCAUGCGUGUAUUCAAUGCAUAACACAACAACAGAAGAAAGAAAGAACAGUCUGAAUGAAAUGAAUUAUUGUUUUCACUUUGUGAUUUUUCUUUAAAUCAUCCUAAUGUUUGUAUCCUUUAAUGAUCUUUAUGAAAUGGAAAAUGAAAGGAACCGCCGUCUGUUUAUGCGUUUGUUUGCCUGUGUGUGUGUAAACAACCGAUGUCUUUUAUUCUUUAUGUGAAAAAAUACAGAUCUUCAGUUGUUUCUUUUUUCAUAUCUAUGUGUCAUGGUGUCUUGUUUUGUUUAGUGAACAAUAAAAGUUUACCUAAGGCA